AUGGACAUGACAGCAGCACUGAGCGGCUGCGAGCGCGAACUGCGCGGUCACAAUGGACCCGUAAACGCCGUACGCUUCAACUCCACAGGAACGUACGUGAUGACAUGCGGUCAGGACAAGACGAUAAAGCUCUGGAACCCACAUCGGGACAGCGUCGAGAAGCCCAAAGAGGCGCUACUGGUCAAGACGUACGAGGGCCGACAUGGCUACGACGUCCAAGACGUGGCCAUCGCGCAGGACAACUCCAAGUUCGCGUCCUGUGGUCGAGACAAAGACGUGUUCCUGUGGGACGUGCCGACCGCUCGAGUGAUCCGCAAGUUCGAAGGACACGAACAUAGUGUCAAUUGCGUGCGCUACAAUGCAGACUCGUCCGUGUUGCUGAGCGGGUCGUACGACAAGACUGUCCGGGCGUGGGACAUGAGAGCUCGCAACUCGUACGUGCCGAUUCAGGUUCUGGAUGACUUCAGAGACAGCGUCACCUCGAUGGUAGUUGCAGAGCAUGAGAUCAUUGCGGGGUGUGUCGACGGUGUCGUGCGGACAUACGAUCUACGUGCGGGGCAACUCUUUUGCGAGCAUAUUGACGUGCCAGUAGUGUCAGUCGCGCAGUCCCCCGACAUGCGUUUCGUCCUGGCUGGAUGCUUAGACGGCUCAAUCCGGCUGAUCGAGAAAGCUAAUGGAACAGAAGUGCAGCGCUAUCUUGGACACAGCGUGCUGGAUUACAAGAUAGAAUGCGGCUUUUCGAGCGAUGGCGCCCUCGUGCUCAGCGGCUCCGAAAACGGGCAAGUGUACUGGUGGGACCUCGUCGACGCCAAACAAACGCAUUCGUUCGCAGCACACACGAAAGCAGUGCGAGCGCUUGCGAGUCACCCAGAAAGCAGCAUGUUCGCCACAGGCUGUAUCGACGGCUCUGCCAAGGUCUGGUCGAGCGUUCACGUUCCAGCCACGUGA